GGCCGCGGGACUCAUUCAGACUUCUCCCUAUCUUAUAAGUGAGAAGUGUUCCGCAUGACGCCAGAUGUCUAAUUUCUAUGCCCGAUAUGUGCCGCCAGCGAAAAGCGGCCAUGUCUCCAAUCCUCCCCCAGUACUCGAGAAGCGCAAGCGAGAUCCCGAGGCGCUAUCGGGCAACAAGAAAAGCAAGAAGAUAAAGACUGCCACGAAAUCCGAACCUCUAGAAACUUCUCACCCAACAGAUCCCGAGACUGAGAAUGUAAUUGCUACGAAUGGAAGUCCGGAAUCAGACUCGAAGAAUGUGAUUGACAAGCAUCGGGUUACCAAACAUGUCUCGGACGAAAUUGCUGUCAAGACAAAGAAGGCAAAGUCAAAAACAAAAGAAGCCAUAAGUCGCGAUGACUCUGUAACGGAAUCGGCGAAGCGCAAAGACAAGAGAAGAGAAAAGUCGAAAACUGCACAAAUUGAAGGAGGAAACGGCGAUUCUGAGGAAGAGCUAGACCGGCGGCGCUCCUCUGUUCUUUCGAAGUUUGCAAAAGCUAAACAGCUGGAGAACAAGGAUUUCAAACAAGAUGAUCUAAUCUCCAGAGAACCGACGACUGAGCUGCACGGCCUGGAGCCGAUACCUCAACCCGAACAGGUUGACACGGUUCCUGAGAAACCAACAUAUUCUACACUUCCUGCCUGGCAACAAUCCCCUACAACUGUUCCGCUCGUCUCCACUGCCACUUUCGAGUCACUCGGAGUGUCCAGUGACCUACUUGAAAACCUGAAAAAGGUCAACAUCGAAGAGGCCUUCCCUGUACAAGCAAGUGUGGUGCCUUUGUUACUGGAAGGCCCAAGUCAGUACCCUGGCGAUGUCUGUGUAUCAGCCGCCACUGGCUCUGGGAAGACAUUGGCAUACGUGCUGCCAAUUAUCUCUAGUCUGAGAAGUGUGGUCGGCACAAAGCUGAGGGCAGUGAUUGUGGUUCCCACAAGAGAACUCGUGAAACAAGUACGCGAGCUGUGCGAAAUUUGUGCCGCUGGAAGUUCUCUCACUAUAGCCACUGCUGUAGGCAGCAAGACUCUCCGGGAGGAGCAGCAACUUCUUGUGGAGGAACAAAUGGUCUACGAUAUGGAAGCAUUCCAGAGGGGGCUGCAAGCCAAGGUUGACUGGUCUACAACUUCAUUCGAAAGCCUGUUACGAAAGGUGCAGACAGAAGAGUCUCUUUACUCACUUGGCUAUGUCACUCGCUACAAGUCCAAAGCGGAUGUACUAAUAACUACUCCUGGUCGUCUUGUCGAACACCUCAAAAAUACUCCUGGCUUUAAUCUCGAUUAUGUGAAGUGGUUAGUAGUGGAUGAAGCUGAUCGACUAUUGAACGAAAGCUAUCAGGAGUGGAUUGACGCAGUAUCUCCUGCUCUGGAAUCACGAGCAGCCACACGAGAGAGGGAUGUGCUUCUCGAGUCUAUGCGAAUGGACCCUCCACAACGAAGGGUCACGAAAGUACUGCUUUCUGCAACGAUGACGCGCGACGUCUCCAAGCUCAAUGCUUUAGGUUUGCGUAAUCCAAAGUUGAUAGUCCUAAGAGGUUCUUCCCAACUGGAGGGUCCGCAAUCGACUGCUGGCGAAACGUCUCCCAACGACGCUGGUCUUGUUACAGAAAUCGGCGAAGAUGCUUUCCACUUGCCGCCGUCUCUGAUUGAGACAGCAGUCCCCGUGCCUGACGGCUCUGAGAAGCCUUUAUACCUGCUUACGUUACUCAAGGAUGAAAUUGGGAUUCUACCAGCCCAAAAAAAUCAACACACUAAAGGUGGCUCUUCUAAAGAUGAUUCAACUUCAGAGUCAGACUCCAGCUCAGAUUCGGAUUCGGAUACAACCUCAGAUUCGGAGUCAUCAUCUGCUACUAGCUCAUCUGAGUCUUCAGUGACUGAUAGUACGAGCAGUGAUGAGUCUGACGGGCCUGACCAAGGUAGCCACAAGCCUCCAAAACAGCGAAAGAACCAGAAUGAGCUUACGAUCAGCGACAAGACACCUCGUGCACUUGUCUUCACAAGAUCGACAGCUUCAGCAAAUAGGCUGUCUAGACUGCUGUCACUCCUGUGGCCAGAUCUCGCCUCUCGUAUAUCCACGUUGACAAGGAGUACAGCUUCAUCAGCUUCAUCACGCCGUGCGCUAUCUUUGUUUAGAAGAUCCAAAGUCCUCGUCCUGGUCUGCACCGACCGAGCUUCACGUGGUUUAGACGUACCAGGUCUUGAGCAUGUUAUUUCCUACGAUGUGCCGACCAGUCCGUCGACUUAUGUUCACCGUGUCGGGCGGACAGCUCGGGCAGGGAAACAAGGCCAAGCAUGGACCAUUGUUGAGCAUCGAGAAGGCGCCUGGUUCUGGCGUGAAAUAGGGGGAAAGGGCCUGAAAUCCAGUACCACUGGCGAUGAUCAUCAACUACAGAGAAGCAGCAAAAUCAGGCGCUUAAUCAUUCAGGUGGCCACUGAUACAAUGAAGCAGGAGUACGAUGUAGCUCUGACGAAAUUGGGCACGGAAGCACGGGGAUCUUAGCACUCCGGCCCAGCAAUUGACAGCAAAAGGCCGUUUCGAAAUGCUGAUCCAACGGCUGGCUUUGGCAUUUGAGGUUAACUGGUGCACCGAGUUCAACAAGUCAAUCCCUCGGUCUACAAGCCCCUGUUUCCGAGCAACUUCCAGAUACAAACUACAUUGAUUACAUGAGGUCGCUUCGAACCACUAGGCAAGCCUGGGGUACUUAGUCGUUCGGCUAUGCACCACCGUCAGGUGGCGACAGCUCAUCUAGCUCAUGUUGGACAUCUUAUAGCUGCAAGUGGUUCUCUUGGUGGAUAUUCUACCUCGGAAGAAAGACUACUACACGGCCAAACUCCGAUGUUCGACUCUGAAUAACGAGUAAGAAGGAUUCUUCCAUGAAGCACAAUUUGAUUCGGCCUCGGUCGGUGCUGAGCGAGCACCUGGUAGGGACCCGUAUUGAUUAAUCUUAACAAUUACUCGAAGUCCAAGCUCCUGGUCCAGC